UGCCUCUGAAUCGCAGUCCAGAAAGAAGAAACAGUCGUGUGGAUUUAAGCUGAACAUUGUCUCUAAGAUUAAGAACAAAGCCAUGCCAGUGCUUUCGGAAGACUCAGGAUUGCAUGAAACUUUGGCCCUUUUGACAUCUCAGCUAAGACCUGAUUCAAAUCAUAAAGAGGAAAUGGGAUUCCUUCGGGAUGUCUUCAGUGAGAAGAGUCUCAGCUACCUGAUGAAGAUUCAUGAAAAACUCCGUCAUUAUGAAAGACAAAGUCCAACUCCUGUUUUACAUAGUGCCGCAGGAUUAGUUGAAGAUGUAAUAGAAGAAUUGCAGACUGCACAAGUGAAUAAUGAAGAAAAAGAGCUACUUCAGCUGUUGUCAACACCACAUCUCAGGGCAAUGCUUGUAGUACAUGACACUGUAGCACAGAAGAACUUUGACCCAGUCCUUCCACCUCUACCUGAUAACUUUGAUGAUGAUUUUGAUGAGGAAUCAGUGAAAAUUGUUCGACUAGUGAAAAAUAAAGAACCCUUGGGAGCUACCAUCAGAAGAGAUGAGCGUACAGGAGCUGUGAUUGUAGCAAGGAUCAUGAGAGGUGGUGCAGCUGAUCGCAGCGGUCUUGUCCAUGUUGGGGAUGAACUAAGAGAAGUCAACGGUAUUGCUGUGCUUCACAAACGACCAGAAGAAAUAAGUCAGAUUUUGGCUCAGUCUCAGGGAUCAAUAACAUUAAAAGUAAUUCCAGCCAUCAAAGAAGAAGAUCGUCUAAAAGACAGCAAGGUGUUUAUGAGGGCGCUUUUCUGUUAUAAUCCCAAAGAAGACAGAGCCAUUCCUUGUCAGGAGGCUGGGCUGCCAUUUAAGAGACGACAUGUCCUUGAAGUUGUAAGCCAAGACGAUCCCACGUGGUGGCAAGCAAAGCGUGUUGGAGAUACCAACCUCAGAGCAGGCCUGAUCCCCUCAAAACAGUUCCAAGAAAGACGAUUGACUUACAGAAGAACAAUAGGCGCUCUGCAGAAUCCCAGAACUGUGAAGAAACCAUUAUAUGAUCAACCUUCUGAUAAAGAAGACUGUGACUGUGAAGGAUAUUUCAACGGACAGUACAUAGCUGGCUUACGCAGGAGCUUUAGGUUAAGUCGUAAAGAGAAGAACAAUCUGAAUGAUGGAAAGCAAGCAGAGCAGGCAGACGCAGCAGAGUUCCUAACAUACGAAGAAGUCACAAAAUAUCAGCAGCAGCCUGGUGAACAGCAGAGGCUGGUGGUUUUGAUUGGUUGUUUGGGGGCCAAAUUAAGUGAGCUCAAGCAGAAGGUCGUGUCAGAGAACCCACAGGAGUAUGGUGUUGCAGUUCCACAUACUACCAGGUCAAAGAAAAGUCAUGAGAAAGAGGGAGUAGAAUACAAUUUUGUCUCUAAGCAAUCAUUUGAGACAGAUGUGCAGCAAAACAAAUUUGUGGAACAUGGAGAAUACAAAGAAAAUCUGUAUGGUACAAGUCUUGAGGCAAUCCGGUCCGUGAUGGCCAAAAAGAAGGUUUGUUUGGUGGAUGUGGUACCUGAAGCAGUAAAGCACUUGAGGACUCCUGAGUUUAAGCCUUAUGUUAUCUUUGUGAAGCCUCUCAUUCCCGAAAAGAAAAAACACGUCCUAAAAUCUCCAAUGUCAGAAGAAAUCUCAGUCCCCCUUGAUGAAGAACAGCAGGAAAUUAUUAAUUCAGCAGCAUUCAUUGAAGAGCAGUAUGGCCAUUUAAUUGACACUGUACUGGUGAAAGAAGAUCUCCAGAGUGCCUGUAAUCAGCUGAAAACUAUGUUAGAGAAACUAAACAAGGAUGCAUUUUGGGUGCCAGUCAACUGGGUUAGGUCAUAGCUUGUUUUCAUCUGUUUAAGGAAAAGAUUGUCUAAAAAUGUCUUGUAAAUAUAUGAAUUAGAAAAGGAAAGUAUGUUAAAUUCACUUCAAAACUGCUGGUCUAUCUAGAAGGUAAUACAUAAAGACUGUAUGAGGAAAAACUAAAGAACAUCAGAAGCUG